AUGGCGCCCCAGGCGCUCGAAGCGGCAGAGGCCGCGACAGAGAGCGAGCUGCGGUUCCCCCCGGUCACGCGAGACCACAUCCUGCACUGCUCCUACGACUACUGGUUCCCCAAAUACCGCACCUCCUGCAUCCGCUCCAUCAUCAUCCCACUCACCCCGGAGUUCGUCGACUACCUCCGCGCCGACGGCAUCAUACUGGCCGACGACGAGGGCGACAACGGGACCGCCUCCGACUCCGACUUCGACUCAGACUCGGACGCCGCCACCGAUGCCGAAGACGAGGGGCCGCUCCCGCCGCACCGCCAGCCCCCGAACCGCCUCUUCCCCUCCCUCCACGCCGAAAUCAACAAGGCCAUCGCCGCCCUCGGCGGCGCCGCCGCGCCCAAGCUCAACUGGUCCUCCCCAAAAGACGCCACCUUCAUCUCGCGCCACCCCAACACCAUGAAGUGCACGACCGCCAACGACGUCUACCUGCUCCUCAAGUCCUCCAACUUCAUCACCCACGACCUGGACCACGCCUUCGACGACACCACCACCACCACCACCACCACCACCACCACCAAAGAAGAAGAAGAAGAAGCAGAAGAAAAAGAAGAAGCCGCCGCGUUCCGCCCCGUCCUCGUCCUGCGCGCCUUCUUCUCCCCGCUGCCGAGCCUCGAAUUCCGGUGCUUCGUCGCCGCGCGCACGCUCCUCGCCAUCUCGCAGCGCGACCACACCACGCACUACGCCUUCCUGCCCGCGCUGCGCCGGCAGAUCGUCGCGCGCGCGCGGGAGCUGUUCCGCGCCGCCGGCGGCCGCCCCGGCGGGAUGCAGCGCACCUUCCCCGACGACAACUUCGUGUUUGACGUGUACAUCCCCGAGGCCGAGCCGGGCAGUUAUGAUAGUGAUGAGGAGGAUGAUCAUGAUGAUGGCGAUGAGGAUGCUGAUAGUGGUGAUGAUGAUGAGCACUUGGAAGGGAGGAGGAGGGGGAGGAGCAGGAUGAGGCUGGGCCGGGCGCGGCUGAUCGACGUGAAUCCGUGGGCGCCGAGGACGGAUGCGCUGCUUUUCGGGUGGGAGGAGCUCUUGCGGAUGGCGCGGGAGGUUGCUGCUUCUUCUUCUUCUCCGAGGGUCCGAGGUCGGGAGAAUGGCGCUGCGCAUGGGCCCGGAGAAAGACCAAGAGAGGAUGAGGAGGAGGAAGAUGAGGACGAGGACGAGGAGGAGACGGAUGAUGACGAGUGGGAACCCGAGGUGAGGCUGGUGUUGCGGGACGACCCGGCGGCAACGAACUUCAUGGCGUCGCAGUACUCGGCACACAAGCUGCCCAAAGAUGUGGUCGACGCGAGCCUGCGCGGGGAGGACGGCGUGCGGGAGUUUGCGCAGCGGUGGCAGAGGAUAACGGAGGGGCUGGAGGAGAUUGGGGAUAGCGACGACGACGGCGGCGUCGAGGAGGGACAAGUCAUGAGGUAG